CCCCACGCGUUGAUCGUUUCUCAAAUCUGCAAAGUGUUGAAACUUCCUUUGUUCUCAUGAGCUCUUCGCUUCCAAGAGCAUCCAAAACAGUUUAUCCACGUCAACCGCUCGGAAAAUUCCUCUCAGCGACCCCAAAAUUCAUUGUUUCCCUUCAAUGCGACAACUUUUAAACUCAGAAAAACGAUGCUGACGCGCCCGUAGUUCAUGUUGGAUAAACGUUAAAUUUCCUGUUGGUUUUCUGCCGCUUCCACUAGAUCCGUCACUGCUGUUCGAUUUUUCUGGAGCGACGAUUGAUGUUCCUCACAGUAUCGGUCACUUGAAGCGAAAUUAGUUCCGCACUGACUCGGCAAUGUUUUAAUUAGACUCUUUACAAAAGCCCACGACGGUUGCCAAUAACAUAUUUCGGACAAGAUUCAUACAUGUCUGGAUUCCCUGCCACUUAAAAGUGGAUUUGUGGGCUGGGUUUUGAGCCAGUGAAGACUUGCCGGUGUUAAGCGGGCUUCAGUGAUGGAUUCUUGGGGCCAGCUGGAUUUGACUACGGCCGCUAUUGUUCGGGACGAUGUGGGCACCAGUUUCAGACGGACGAAGAAAAUUACAAUCGAAAAACUGCCAGACAAAGUGCUUCUUCACAUCUUCAGCUACUUGUGCCACAAGGAAAUAUGCCGAAUGGCCAGAGUUUGCAAAAAGUGGAGGCUGAUCGCCUACGACACCAAACUAUGGAAGAACGUGUCGCUGCGCCCGGAAAUCUCCGGGCUACACGUUGGUUCCCUCGAGUCGCUUCUGGCCUUAAUCAGCAUCAGAUUCGGGCCCUCUUUAAGAUACAUUGAGCUUCCAAUUGAGCUGAUCACUCACACGGUGCUGCAUGAGUUGGCCAACAAGUGCCCCAACCUCACUCAUAUGCUCCUGGACUUCUCCACUGCGAUGCAGCUGCACGAUUUCAGCGAGCUCCAAGCCUUCCCCACCAAGCUGAAGUAUCUGUGCAUUUGCCUCUCCGAGGUGAUUUUCAUGGAGGGGUUCAUGAGGAAAAUCUACAACUUCAUCAACGGCCUGGAGAUCCUCCAUCUGAUUGGCACCUAUGAAAAGGUCGAGGAGGAAGAGGAGGAGAUCUACGAGGUGAUCAACGUGCACAGGCUGAAAAGCGCCACUCCCAACUUGAGGGUGAUCAACCUCUAUGGGAUCAACUUCGUUGACGACACUCACAUUGAUGCCUUUAGCUCCAAUUGCAUCCAGCUGGAGUGCUUGGCAGUGAAUUUUUGCAACAAAGUGACUGGAAGCACAUUGAAGACAUUGUUCCAAAGGAGCAGGCGGCUCACCUGCCUCUUGAUGAACGGCACUAACCUAAAAAGCGAACACCUGAUGCAAGUGGAGUGGGAAAAGUGCUCGCUGCAGGAGUUCGACAUCACCGCCACAGAUUUAUCGAGCGAAUGCUUGCAGGACAUGCUGACCCGCCUGCCCGGGCUGAGGUUCUUAAGUGCCGGCCAAAUUAACGGGUUCAACGAUUCGGUGUUGAAGAGUUGGGUGGAUUUGGGCAAUCCGAGAAAUUUGGUUUCACUCGACUUGGACAGUUCAGACAAUUUGUCCGAAGAUGCCAUCUAUAAGUUCCUGUGCAAACACGGGCACCAACUGUGGGCGUUGGGUUUAUCUGGAAUGACCCACAUCACAGACUCACUGUGGCAGUCCAUACUGCCUAUACUGGCCAACGCCAAAAUACUUGUUAUGGGCACGCAAGAGCGCUUGGGGGUGAAUAUUCUGGCCGACCAGCUAAUGGACAGCAUCGCCAAGAGUUGCAACAACCUGGAAAGGCUGGAGCUGAGAUGGGAUCCAGACAAUUUGCGGUUUUCCGAUAAAAGCCAGAAGGCCAUCGACACGCUCAGAGUGAAGUGUUUGAAGCUGAAAUGCCUAAGUCUGAGCGAUGGGAGGUACUACGAAAUCGUGAAGGCCAACUUUGAGCGAGCUGAUCGGAUGACGGUGGUGCGCACUCUGACCAACUGCCGCGUUUCAAACUACUACCUUUUAUCCAAUUACAAAGACUUGGUGUUCAACUAGGCGAAAUAAACCAAUGCAACUUAA